AUGAUUGUCAAAGAAUAUCGUGUAAUUUUACCUAUGACAGUUGAGGAAUAUCAGGUCGGUCAGUUGUAUUCAGUUGCUGAAGCUUCCAAAGGAGAGACAGGCGGUGGAGAUGGUGUACAAAUACUGGUUAACGAGCCAUUCGACCAAACUACGUAUAAGCCUGAUCGCCCUUUAUUAAAAGGCGACCCAAGGUUCACUACUGGACAAUAUACCCAUAAAUACUAUCAUCUUGCUCACAAGGUACCUGGGUUUGUCCGUGUUAUUGCUCCUGAAAGUGCAUUCGUUUUCAACGAAUAUGCGUGGAAUGCUUAUCCAUAUUGCCGAACUGUUAUCACAAACAAUUACAUGAUGGAGAAGUUUAGUGUAACUAUUGAAUCUCUUCACGUGGACUCAUUAAUAAACAUCGAAAAUGCACAUCAGUUAAGUCCAGAAAAAUGGGCGGAAGUGGAAGUGAUCUAUAUUGAUAUUGGUGAUAUUUCUCCAUCAGACAAAGAUUACAAUCCAACUGAAGAUCCGACAACAUUUCAAUCUGAAAAGACUGGUCGUGGUCCUUUAAAACCAAAAUGGUGGGAGAAUGAUUACAAAGGACCAAUUAUGUGUGCAUACAAACUUGUUUCUUGUGAAUUCAAAAUGUGGGGAAUGCAAGGACGUAUAGAGAAGAUGAUUCAACGACAAGAACGACGUUUGUUUGCAAAUUUUCAUCGUCAAGUCUUUUGUUGGAUGGAUAAAUGGCAUGGUUGGACAAUGGAAGAUCUAGAAUUACUCAUAGCUGCCUCUAUAUUAUGGACAUACUAUAGAUGA